AGUAGUCAACAAGAAGCUAGAGAGAGAGAGAGAUAUCAAAGAUGGAGAAGAUAGAGCACACAAUAGUGCCCACCAAUGGCAUCAACAUGCACAUAGCUUCAAUAGGGACAGGUCCAGUGGUUCUCUUCCUCCAUGGCUUCCCCGAGCUCUGGUACUCAUGGCGCCACCAGCUUCUCUCCCUCUCUUCCCUUGGCUACCGUUGCAUCGCCCCUGACCUCCGUGGCUUCGGUGACACUGACGUGCCGCCCUCCGCCGCCUCCUACACCGCGCUCCACAUCGUCGGUGACCUUGUUGGCCUACUUGACUAUCUGGGUAUUGACCAGGUUUUCUUAGUUGGCCAUGACUGGGGGGCUGUGAUGGCCUGGUAUUUUUGUCUGCUCAAGCCUGACAGGGUCAAGGCCUUGGUCAACAUGAGCUUGGCGUAUCGUCCUAGGAACCCAAUAAGAAAGCCUUUGGAGAGUUUCAAAGCUUUGUUUGGAGAUGAUUACUAUGUCUGCAGGUUUCAGGUGAUUCAACAUUUCCGUUUCAUUUUGUGAUUAGUUUGGGUAAUUGGGUUUGUUAUUUCUUUCCUUUUUCUUGUGAAAUUUGUUUGCUUUUGUAUGAUACAACUUGGGUCGAGGAGUAAUUGCCUUUGUGAACGAGUUAUGAUUGUUUUUCUCUUGUACAUUAGCUAUAGCCAUAG